UUCUGCGCACACCACGUUAUUUUGUCCUUCCUGGCGUGCCGUCGACGGUAAUACAACCAGUUGGAGUGGCAAAUGAAGUUGCAUAUAAAAAAAAACAGUAGGCUUUAAUCAAAGAUCCUUGAUUACUAGCUCCGCUUGAACCCUCUCUGCUUUAAUGCUUCUUCACAGAUUUCACGUUCUUGAAUUGUGUUUUCUUUCUACAUAAUGAACGCUGCGGAUUAUGGUGCGUAAUGGAUUAGUAACUAUUGUGAUACAAGAUUGCGAAAGCUCACCAUUUCUAACCACCGUGCGCGACUACCACUCACCAUUGAAAGUUCUUAACAGUCAAUACAUUUACGAGGCCGUGUCGCAAAGACUUUCUUGUCAAUGACGCACUUUAAUAUUUGCUUCACAAAAUGUUUCUGGUCAUCUCUGUCUGUAUUGUUGACAUUUUCACUGACCUUAUGGAGUUAUUUGUCAGAUUACCGACCCUUGCAUCUAAUGACUCAUCCAUACAUCAAGGGAGAAUCUAUUGCAUUAAAGGUUACACCUGAAUGUCGACUGUCGCCGAGUCGGCGUCUUCUGGUUGUGGAUAAUCUUAACAGAUCCCGCUCAAUUUCGAGAGUCUUACGGGCAGCCAGGAGCCUUUGUGAAUACAAUGUACCCACAGAAAGUCGUUUCGACUGUGCUCGAGACCGAGCUUUAAGUAGGGCCGAGUGUGAGAACAGAGGCUGCUGUUAUGUGCCUCUACCUACAGACCUGUUUGGUGGACCUCCGUGGUGUUUCUAUCCCCCUUCUUACCCUGGCUACAAGAUGGGCUCUUUCGUCCCAACUUCGAAGGGCAGGACUGCAAAAUUGACCCGCUCCAAACCCUCCUACCUCCCCAGAGACAUUCCAACUCUGCAGCUGGAAGUGGCAGAAGAAACAGCCGGUCGGUUGCAUCUCACUCUAAAAGACCCCUCUUCUCCUCGGUAUGAAGUUCCUUUGCCCCCUCCACCUCCUGAACCAUCCUCUGGAAUUCAGAACCCAUUGUAUGCCUUAGAGUUCCACUCUGAGCCUUUUGGGUUUGUGGUGUAUCGUAAAUCCAAUGGUCGAGUUCUUCUGAACACCACGGUUGCCCCGCUCCUCUUCGCUGACCAGUACUUGCAGAUGUCCACCUCCCUGCCCUCCCGCCUCAUCUCUGGGCUUGGGGAGCACUACACCCCCCUCACGCUUGACCUCAACUGGACCUCGGUCACCCUGUGGAACAGAGACAUGGCUCCACAUAGCAAUGCCAAUCUGUAUGGCUCCCACCCUUUUUACCUGGUCCAGGAGAGUGAUGGUCUAGCCCAUGGAGUUUUUCUACUCAACAGCAAUGCCAUGGAGGUGGUGCUGCAGCCCAUGCCUGCACUCACAUGGGUGUCAGUUGGAGGAAUUCUGGACUUUUACAUAUUUCUUGGGCCAGACCCACAGAGUGUGGUCCGCCAGUACCAGGAGGUUAUUGGGUAUCCCAUGAUGCCUCCGUACUGGGCGCUGGGAUUUCAUCUGUGCCGCUGGGGCUACCGCUCUACCAAUGAGACACGAUCCAUAGCACGGCGAAUGCGUGAAGCCAAGUUUCCACUGGAUGUGCAGUGGAAUGACCUGGAUUAUGCAGACAAGCGCCGGGUCUUCACCUUUGACCCAGUGAGGUUUGGAGACCUGCCAGAGAUGGUGCAGGAGUUCCACCAGGAAGGCAUGAGAUAUAUCCUCAUUUUGGACCCAGGGAUUAGCAGCACAAGCCAGCCAGAAUCUUACUGGCCAUACGAUGAGGGGUUGCGCCGGGGGGUCUUCAUCAGGAACUCCACAGGGCAAACACUAAUCGGGAAGGUCUGGCCUGGUCCAACUGCUUUUCCUGACUUCACCAACCCAGAGACAGUGCGAUGGUGGGAGGAAUGCAUCCGAGACUUCCAUGCCAGAGUGCCUGUGGAUGGCUUGUGGAUUGACAUGAAUGAACCAGCAAGUUUUAUCCAUGGCUCUGUGGAUGGGUGUCCAGACACUGAUUUAGAAAAGCCACCAUACGUCCCAAAUAUGAUAGGCGGUCAGCUUAAUUUUGGCACCCUGUGCAUGUCUGGCCAGCAGAAUUUGUCCACCCAUUAUAACCUGCACAACCUGUAUGGUCUCACUGAGGCCAUGGCCACCUACAGUGCCCUCCUGAAGGUCAGGAGGUCACGACCCUUUGUGCUGUCCCGCUCGUCCUUCCCUGGGUUGGGUCGUUUCUCUGGACACUGGACAGGAGAUGUCAGGAGUGACUGGGAACAACUGCGUUACUCUGUCCCUGCUAUUCUGCUCUUUGGCAUGUUCGGGGUACCACUGGUGGGAGCAGAUGUGUGUGGCUUCGGAGGGAACACCAACGAGGAACUGUGUGUGCGGUGGAUGCAGCUCGGGGCCUUCUAUCCUUUCAUGAGGAAUCACAACGACAGGCCUAAUGCGCCUCAAGAGCCGUUUGUGUUCGGUGAGGAGGCACAGGCAGCCAUGCGGAGCGCCCUGUUGCUCAGGUACUCACUGCUGCCACUGCUCUACACGCUCUUCCACCGGGCACACACCUCCGCUGACACCGUCGCCCGACCGCUGUUUUUCGAGUUUCCCACUGAUAUCAACAGCCAGACCAUUGAUUGUCAGUUCCUGUGGGGGAGUUCUCUUCUCAUCAGUCCUGUUCUAGAGCAGGGGGCUGUGGAGCUAUCUGCCUACCUCCCCCCUGGGACAUGGUACCGCCUGCAUGAUGGUCAGCCCUAUCGGAGUAAGGGCCAGUACUUUCCACUCUCAGCACCUCUCAACACGAUAAAUGUCCAUGUGAGAGGGGGCCACAUCAUUCCUCAGCAGGAGCCUGCCCUGACCACCACUGCAGCACGUAGUAACCCUUUCCACCUGACAGUGGCGCUGUCUGCUGAGGGCUGGGCCAGGGGUGAGCUGUACUGGGAUGAUGGUGACAGCUUGGACACGUACGAGAGGGGAGACUACUCCCAUAUCCUCUUCAUGGCAGGAGAGUCUCAGUUGGUGAGUGAUCCUUUACGGAUGAACGGGGCCCUGGAUGGCCUUAUCCUUGGUCAAGUGCGGGUGUUUGGAGUGCCCUCUUCCCCCAAAGCGGUGAAGGCCAACGGGGAAAUCGUGACAGAUUUCACAUACAGUUCUGACACCAUGAGCCUGACAGUGCUGUCCUUAUCCCUGCCCAUGACUGAGGAGUUCACUCUGCAGUGGAUGCUGUAAUAUAAUGGACCCUUUUGUCUAAUGGACUCUGUGCUCCUGCCCUCAAUGGACUCUGUGAUCAGGCACGUUUGGAAUGGAAUGUGUGUAACAGCACGGUGAUUUAAUACCAUUUGCAGGGCUAUUUUUAACUUGAAGUGUAACUCAUGUUCAGCACUAAAUAUACAGUAAGGCAGGUAUUCAGGUGUGGCUGCACUGGCUGCAUUACAACUGUGCUGCCUGCUGCCCUGCAGGGAGGUCAACAUUAUGUCUUAUUUAAUAUGAAAUGCUGAUAAAGGUUUUAAUGAGGUUGCCAUUGACCUCUUGUAAACUAUGGACAUUUUUCACUGGUCAGACAUGGUCCAUGGCAGGGUGAGGCACUGUGCUCUGUGGAAAAUGUAAACUGAGGAAAUGUCAGUUUCCCCUUUCAAAGCCUCAGCAUGCCAAAAGACUGCAAAACAUUGCAAGAACAGCUUCCCAAUGACUCAGCAGAGCAAGUAUUAGCUCACACCUGCAUUCUGCAGGGAAUACAUGAACCUGAUAUAAUUCUGUAGAAUCUAGUUUGCGACUGUUCCAACUGUUCCAAAGAUUUUUGUGGUUUUGUCUUAUAUUAGAUGGUCAGAACAAAUGCCGGAGAUAUUUUCUUCCACAUCAAAAUAAAAGCCUGCCCUUUGUGUUUUUUCCA